AUGGGCGAGCAAAAAGUUGAUUUGCUUGCCGAGCAGGAGCUUCCGGCCGAGCCGUUACCUAUUCCCAAUCUGGAGGACCCCAUUGAAGAUUGUGAUUUGCCGCUGGAGGCGAGCGAUGCCUCCGCUAGCAAACAAUCUACGAGAGAGCGAGAAAGAACUUACGUUUGUUGUUCUUUUUCCUACGAAUAUUCAUUUUUUUUUUACUGCAUUUUGCCGGAAUUGUUGUCCAAGGACGAGCUGCUCGACCGUCUGCGCGAAAAGAAGCACACCAUGAAGCGUCUCUAUGCCGAGAGUUCGGAACGUGACGGAGACUCAUCGUUGUCCUAUUCGCACAGCUACAGCGACAAGCAGCUGAGUGGCAGUCACAGUCAUUCGCAUCGCCAUUCACACUCGCAUCCACACUCUUCGCACCAGCAACAGUUGCAGCACCACCAGCAGCAGCAGCAGCAUCAACAAGCGUUGCAAUCGCAACAAAACAGUCCGCCUGCCACGAAGCGUCUGGACAUGAGCAAGAAGAGCAUGUCGAGUCCAGCGGUGGGCGUUAGUGUGCCACAUGCCAUGCCCGAAUCGCCCAGCAUGGGCAGCAUGCAGCUGCAGAGCAGCAGUUGCACCAUACAGACACCGCAGCAACAGCAACAACUGCAGCAGCAACAGCCGCUGCCAGCUCCUCCUCAGGUGGCCAGCACAACAGCAGCAGCGGCAACCGCAGCAGCAACUGCAGCUGCAGCGGCGGCGGCAGCAGCACAGAAAGUCACAGCCUCUGAGAUGGCACAGGAUAAGAGCAUCACAUCGGAGCCAUCGGAGACAACCACAACGACGACCAGUGAAGAUGUGGUCACCACAUACAAGGAGACCAGUCAACUGAGUGCGGCCAACGGUGUUGCAACUGCCUCAAAUUCGGCAACGCCAGCCAAUGGCAUUUCAGCAGCAGCGGCCAAAUCAUCGUCGGCUGCUUCAUCGUCAACAGCAGCAGCAGCAGCAGCGGCGACGGCGUCGUCAUCGACGCGCAAACCAUCGCAUGCUGAGCCACAGAGUCCGAGUCUCAGCCAGGGAGCGGAGGAUAAAUCGGAUGAGGCGAGCGAUGAGGAUGGCUGCAAUGGUUGCACAAAUCCGGCCAUCAAUAGUGCCGACAACAGUCAAGCGCUGGACGACAGCAUUGAGAGUCCAUCGCCAUCGCAUCGUCUCGCAGCUGCUGCAUUAGCGGGAGCAGCGGCAGCCUCAUCAUCGAGCAAUGGCCGAGGACAGCUGAAGGUGGAGUCAUCGGAUGUCUAUCAAAUUGUCGAUGCGCUGCGUCGGAAUACGAAUCUCAGUUUCGAUUUGUCGUGCGAGGCAUUGCGUGUUACGUUGACCAGCCUGGAUCAGUUGUACAAUGGCGCCAUCAAUCCGUAUCUGGAGGCAGUUGCUGUCCAUGUUACCGGCAAAGUGCCGACGCCCAAGGAGCUGCUGGGCAUCACACACGAUGCGAAGCGUUUGCAAAUUGCUCAUUAUUUGGGCGUGCACUUUGCCAGCUUUUUGCUGGAAAUUGUCGAGGGCAACAACCCGGAGGUGCUGGUGGAUAUGGUGAUCGCUCUGAUACUGGCAUUCAAUCAACAGUUUAGCGAGCAUGCGGUGAAUGUUAUCAUCGAAGCCAUGCAGAAUCUGCCCACAGCCAAAGUGUUCACCGAGAAGCUGUUGUUGCUGCUCAAUCGAGAAGAUGAUCACAAUGAGCACAUGAACACGGUGCUGCGCAUGUUUAUUGACAUCUUCAGUCAUCCGGAUACGGCUGGCAUGUUUUAUACAAACGAUAUUAAGGUGCUCAUCGAUAUUGUGGUGCGUCAAUUCUCCGAUCUGGAUGCGGGCAAUGUGUUACGUCCGUGCUAUUUGGAGCUGUGUCGUCGCAUUUUGCGCAACACAAACUAUCAUGAGCAUCAGCAUCGCCUUCUCGAUCUCAUGAAGAUCUUCAUCCGCAUAUUUUGCGAGGAGACCGAAUGCAGUGCAUCCGAUCAGCAGUUAGUGCGCGAAAUCGUCAAUGAAUUUCCCCAAUUGUUUAAGGCAUAAGAAAGUGGUGGAAAAUGGAAAGUGGAAGAUUUUUUCUGUUUGCAAUUCUAGAUUCUGACUGUGUGUUUCACUUGCAAACAGAAAAAAACAAAAAAAACCAACCUAAAACCAAAAUAAAUACCAAUCUAAAGCGUUGCUAGUGAGGCUACCAAAGCGAGCCAACCAACGCUUCGCAUGUAAGUUUAGUUUGAGCUUUUAUAAAUGAAUAUAUUAUUUAGAACUAUU